AUGCAGGAAGCUACUGAACGAGAGCUUGUGAUGAGAAAGCUGGAACAUGACAGACUGCAACAACACAUUGUUAUGCAGCAGGUGAUGGAUCAUGAGAUUCUUAUGCGAAGAUGUAUGCCAAGAAGAUGCUAUGGACCAGUCCAUCCACCUACACCGUUCAUGUUUGCUCAUUAUCCAUCUCCCCCUGGCUACUUCGUAGUGCCAGUGGUGGCACCUAGAUAUCUGUGA